CUCAUGACAUAUUUCCGGACUCUAAUUCCAACAGGAAGCGGGCGGCACGUGUGUGACAUUGAGCCGCGGCCGGACAGCAGCAGCGGAGACAUGGACGGGCUCAGCUAUGACUUCUCCCCCGCCGCCUCCGGCUCUGGCAAGGCAGACACAGGUGCCAUCAUGGAGCAGGUUAAGGUCCAGAUCGCGGUGGCGAAUGCUCAGGAGCUACUGCAGCGGAUGACUGAUAAAUGUUUUAGAAAAUGUAUUGGAAAACCAGGUGGAUCCUUGGAUAAUUCAGAGCAGAAAUGCAUUGCAAUGUGUAUGGACCGGUACAUGGACGCCUGGGGUACCGUAUCCAAAGCCUACAACUCCAGACUACAGCGAGAGCGUGCUAAUAUGUGACGUGCGCCAGGACAUCCAACAGUACCCUGCACUCACUACCACUGGGAGUUACUCUCUCUGCUGCUAGCCUGCUGCUGUUUAUAACAAAUAAGGUCUACUACAUAAUGUAGUGAUUGGCCUCUAGCAGUGAAUGGGUUAAAUGCAGGAAAAUAAUGGCUAUGCCAUUGAGAGAAUGUAUCGUGCCUAAAACUCUUUGUACUUAAUUUUAAGUGGCUGUUCAGUUUAUUUUGUCCCCCAUAGUGCAGAAAUAUAACAAGGUGGAAUAUGUGAUAGUGUUCACUCUAGCCUUCUUUCGCGGGGCGCUGCGCCCUGCCCCUUUUCCAAGUGUCAGAAUGCGCCCUGCCCGUUUGUCCCCGCCCUGCUGAUUACUAAAGGACUGCCGCGCCGGGCCGCACUGAAACUCCUCUCUCCGCACUGCCACUCCUCUCGCAUCGCUGUCAGCGCCGUCACUCCUCCCGCUACGCUGCCACUGCUCCCGCCAUGCUGCCACGCCUCCCUGCCGCUGCCUCAGGCUUGUCGCGCUAAUGCGCUCACAGCACUCGGGUCUCGGCAAUACUGUAGGCUGCUGGUGAGAUGAGGAGGGCUGGGUUUGCCUCUCCUGCCGAGGCAAACCCAGCUCUCCUCUGUGCACAUGACCCAAUAAAAGAGGAUGCCGGGUAGGAUCAGUGUGGCGGGCAUUUUCUUCCAGCUCCGCGGUGUGUGACGGGGGACCAGCGCGAUCACUCCUGCAGCAUCAGCCCCCAGUAAGUUGAAUUGACACACAAACAUCAUCUAAGACUAGUGCUGCCACACUAAGCUAUUUAUCCUACUGUAUAUGGGUCGCCUGGUGCCCCUUUAGUUUUAAUCUGGCAGCAUUCAACUAAUCUUAUAGUUUAAUGAACUAUAUAAACCCUAUUGUGACACUUCAGAAAUAAACUGGCAGCACAUGAAUGUUAUAUAAACCAACCUGGGGCACCUUCGCUUCAAUCUGACAGCACAUUUAAAAUACGAUGUGCGCUAGUUUAUUUCUGAAGUGUCUCAAUCAGGUUUAUAUAGCAACACGUGCUGCCAAUUUCACUCUGAAGUGUAUCAAUAGGGUUUAUAUAGCAAUAUGUGCUGCAGGUUUUUUUUAAGUGUCUCAAUAGGGUUUAUAUAGCAACACGUGCUGGCAGUUUUUUUUUCUGAAGUGUCUCAAUAGGGUUUAUAUAGAAACAUGUGCUGCCAGUUUAACUCUGAAGUGUCUCAAUAGGAUUUAUAUAGUUUAAUAAACUAUAUAAACCCUAUUGAGACACUUCAGAAAUAAACUGGCAGCACAUUAAUGAUAUAUAAACCAUUCUGGGACACCUUCACUUCAAUCUGACGGCACAUUUAAACUUAAAAUGUGCUGUCAGAUUGAAGCGAAGGUGUCCCAGGAUGGUUUAUAAGCUACAAUGUGCUGCAAGUUUAAGACACCUGCAUACAUAUUACAGUAUGUACACCAUUUUGCCCUUCUAAAUUAAAAUGUGCCCUCCCCGAAUCAAAAAUGUGCCCUCCCCGAAUCAAAAAUGUGCCCUCCCCGAAUCAAAAAUGUGCCCUCCCCAAGGUCAGCACCCUGCCCUAAAAAAAAUCCUAGAGUGAACACUAUGUGACCUUUGUCAUGACCAUGUCUUCCUGUAUCUGGUCCAAUUGUUUAUGCUCUACACACUGGCGUGGUUACCAGCAUUAUACUGUUUAUUUGGAAACAUUUAUUUCUCAGGAGCACAGUGGAUCGGCCUAAUGUUUGGGAUCAUUAUAUGAUAUUGGACUUGAAGGUUUUGAACGUGCAUGCACAUUUUCUUGCAAAAACAGAAAUCUGCACAUGUUAAGUCUAGAAAUACAUUAGUGUGUUUAGUAACAAACUUCAUUAUUCCUAUUCCUCCUGACCAUUUCUGCUAGGAACCACUGUAAUUCUUAUAGGUUGUGAGACGCACUGAAUAUUAAUGAUGUGCCUGUCGCAUAUGACAGAUGAACAGUGGUGCGGACACUCGCGCUGUUUAAUCACUAUAAUAUUUUACUGGUUUAGCGUAAGAACAUCAGACACUGUGUAUGCGCUCACUGUAAGCCAAAUCCAGAUUGUCAGAAUGUGAUUUCUGAACUACCCAUAUCUUGCCUGUUUAAGAUAGAAAUAAAUCACACUUUCCCCCCCCCUUUUGUUUUAUUUAAUCUUGGGUCAGUAUGAACACACAUAGCAAAAUAAAGUUAUUUUCAUUGAAUUAGGCUGUAGCAUGUCUGUUAAAUUUGGACUUUUCAUUCAUAUUUGUUCUUUACAUGUGUACAUUUCCAUCCAGCAACAGAACAUAUUUUUAUAUGUGCUGUGUGGUUUGUUUUGGAUAUUUCUUCCCUGGCUAUAGAAAUAUAUUCUGUGUAUCCAUCGUCUACAUAUAUUGGGGGCGGACUGUGUUUGACAGAAAAUGGUUCAUGUCUUAGUGACGCUACCAGUUCCUAACGAGUUGAUAGGCUGAUUCGCGUGACUACAGGAACUAUGUAUGGGCCACAGGUACACUUCUUUAUUUCCUUAUGUGCACAGACGUUCAGUUGGAAUUCUUCAUCAUUGACUCUGUCUCCUUUCACUUGGGAGCUCAGGUCAGUAUCGUCUUGAGGACUUUAACUCACACCAACUAAUGAGGCAGAGAUUGUGGUUUUGGCAUUCCAUCCGGUAUUAAAGUAUUUUGUUUUCAAAA